ACCAGAUAAGCAAGCAAGAUAACAACCACUCCACUGCAAUACAGGUUCACAGCACAUCGAUCGGCUUCCGAGCUCCAGCGAUCUUCGAGCACUUCUUUCAGUUCUUGGCUCUCUGUGAUCCUCGCUUGAGCAAUGGCUGCAGCGAACGCCCCCUUCGCUCUCGUCAGCCGCCUCUCCUCCCCUGCCGCGCGCAUGCCGAUCCGCGCCUGGAGAGCUGCCAGGCCGGCGCCGCUCGGGGCCGGGAGAACCCGACCGCUCUCCGUGGCCGCCGCGUCGCAGGAGAACAGGGACAACUCAGUCGACGUCCAAGUCAGCCAGAACGGCGGCAACAACCAGCAGGGCAACGCCGUGCAGCGCCGCCCGCGCCGCGCCGGGUUUGACAUCUCUCCGUUCGGGCUGGUGGAUCCGAUGUCGCCGAUGCGAACCAUGAGGCAGAUGCUGGACACGAUGGACCGCCUCUUCGAUGACACGGUGGGGUUCCCCACGGCACGGCGUUCGCCGGCGGCCGCGAGCGAGGGGCCGCGGAUGCCGUGGGACAUCAUGGAGGACGAGAAGGAGGUGAAGAUGCGGUUCGACAUGCCCGGGCUGUCGCGGGACGAGGUGAAGGUGAUGGUGGAGGACGACACGCUCGUCAUCCGUGGCGAGCACAAGAAGGAAACUAGUGAAGGCCAAGGGGAGGGCGCGGAAGGACAGGGCGAUGGGUGGUGGAAGGAGCGCAGCGUCAGCUCCUACGACAUGCGUCUGGCGCUUCCGGAUGAGUGUGACAAGAGCAAGGUGCGCGCCGAGCUCAAGAACGGCGUGCUGCUCGUCAGCGUGCCCAAGACGGAGACGGAGCGCAAGGUCAUCGACGUGCAGGUCCAGUGAUCGACGGCUCCGGUGAGCUUGUGUCAAGUCAGGAUUGCGGCAACGCGACUGAGUGCUCUCUGUAGAUUCUAGUGUGCCGUUUUUCUGUGGUCUUCUCUCUGCGCUCGUUGCGCAGAAUAUGUAGCAAUGUAUGUAUGUACAUAGUCGGCAAAGUAAUGGAAUAAUAAUGUGAGUGCUCGGUCGCUUAA